UGAACAGCCGGAAAUAGAGAAAGAGGGAGAGAGAGAAAACAGUAGAGGUGGACGAAGAAGAAAAUAAACAGGAUCCAAACAUGGCUGCUGACAGUGAUCCCGAGUCAGAGGUGUUUGAGAUCACCGACUUCACCACUGCGUCAGAGUGGGAACGGUUUGUGUCCAGAGUCGAAGAAGUGCUGAAUGACUGGAAGCUGAUUGGGAACUCUGCAGGGAGAUCUACUCUUGGGAAGGGUAUAUACACCAGUGGCACCUGGGGGGAGAAGUCUCAGGACAUCCAUUUUGCUGACUUCAAGUUCCACAUCACUCACUACUUCCUGAAGCAAGAGAGUGAGAAGGACGAUGGACAGGACGUGCUUGAGGAAGAUUCCUUCCCCUUGGCGAUGCAGGACCUUCUAUGUAUGAACAAUGACUUCCCCCCUCGAGCCCACUGUCUGGUUAGAUGGUAUGGUAUACGAGAAUUUGUCGUCAUUACUCCUGGAACCAACUGCGAGGCUAUCAUCAGCGAGUCCAAAUGCAAUCUGCUUCUCAGCUCCAUCUCCAUUUCUCUGGCCAACAGUGGCUGCCAGGUGCCCAUGUUUGUACAGAUUCAGCAAAAGUGGAGGCGUAUGUAUGCUGGAGAGUGCCAGGGACCAGGAGUACGCACUGACUUUGAGAUGGUCCACCUUCGAAAGGUGCCGAGCCAGUACAAUCACCUGUCUGGCCUGCUUGACAUCUUCAAGUCUAAAAUAGGCUCUACCCUGUCACCUCUACCUCCGGUCAUCAUUGCUAUUCGGUUUACCUACAUUCUUCAGGACUGGCAACAGCAUUCAUGGCCACAACAACCUCCAGACUUUGAUACACUCCUUGGAGGGGAGGUGGGAGCAGUGGAGUUUGGGAAGCUUCCAUUUGGAGCCUGUGAGGAGCCAAUCAGUGAGCUUCAUCUUGCAACCAUUUGGCCUCAUUUGACAGAAGGCAUAGUUGUGGAUAAUGAUGUCUACAGUGACCUCGACCCUCUCCAAGCUCCUCACUGGUCAGUCCGAGUCAGGACAGCCGAGAACCCUCAGUGUUUACUUGGUGACUUUCUUACAGAGUUUUUCAAGCUCUGCUGCAGGAAGGAGUCUACAGAAGAGAUUUUGGGAAGAGGAUUGGCUGAAGAGGAGGGCAAAGAAAACAGUGACAUCAGUUCUGCUUUAUCCAAGCUGACUGAGCCAGCAGCAACAGUGCCCAUCUCCAGACUCUCCGUCUCCAGUAUGGUGCACAGUGCCCGAAAGCAUAUCCGCCGCCGCCGACACAUUGACGAUUCACCACUCAACACAGAUAUUCUCAAUUCCGUCCUACUGUAUCUCUUUCCAGAUGCUGCUGUGGAGAAAUCAUCAGAGAAUAGCAAAAACAACCCUGCACAGUCUAAUGCCUGUGGAAAAGCGGAGCAAGACAAAAAGUCUGAUAACCUAUAUCUCCAGCUGAAGUCAGCCCCCAGUGACAGUCUGACCUACCGGCUGGCACUGUGUAUGUGUCUGGUGAACUACAGCUAUGGCGGACUGCGGGCUGUUGCCCACCUCUGGCAGGAGUUUGUCCUAGAGUUGCGUUACCGCUGGGAAAACAACUACCUCAUCUACGGACUGGCUGGUGGUCCUCCUGAUCUUCGGUGUUGCCUUUUACAUCAGAAGCUCCAGAUGCUGAACUGCUGCAUCGAGAGGAAGAGGGCCAGAGAUGAAGCUCGCAAGGUGCUGGAGGGAAGUAAAGAGAGUGAGCGCAAGUCGUCCAGCCACCAAAGCCCCCGACCUGCACAAGAGUCAUCCACCUCAACAAAGGAGGCGUAUCCAGGGAAAUCCUGGGACUCAUGGAGUGACAGUGAGGAUGAGUUCUUUGAGUGCCUGAGUGACCAGGGAGACACAGAUGUCUCACAUACCGAGGGGAAUGAGGGUGGAAGUAAAAACAAAGCAGAGGGAAGGCUGCAUCCCUACAACAACAUGACUUUACUCAACUCUACAGAGCCUCUCUACGUCCCCGUCACACAGGAACCCGCUCCCAUGACGGAGGAUCUGUUAGAGGAGCAGUCAGAAGUACUGGCCAAACUGGGCUCAUCAGCUGAAGGUACCCACCUCCGUGCCCGGAUGCAGAGUGCCUGUCUGCUCUCUGAUAUGGAGUCAUUUAAGGCAGCCAACCCAGGGUGUGUUCUGGAGGACUUCGUGCGCUGGUACUCGCCAAGGGAUUAUGUGGUGGUGGAGGAGGUAGUUGACGAGAUGGAUAACAAAGUGGUAAAAGGCGAGCUAAGUGCCAGGAUGAAGAUCCCUGGCAACAUGUGGGUGGAGGCAUGGGAGACAGCGAGGGUCACACCUGCACGCCGCCAGAGAAGACUCUUUGACGACACUAAGGAGGCCGAGAAGGUUCUGCACUACUUAGCAGUGCAGAAACCUGCAGACUUGACCUGCAGCCUCCUGCCCUGCAUACUCCAUGCUGGGAUUCUGAAGUUGAAGGAGGAGGAGUUAAAAGAAGAUAUUCCAUCAGUCAAAAAGACCAUUCAGCAAGCGACAAGCCAGGCCAGCAAACUACUGCACCCUCCCAACCAUGACUACAAGAAGUUAGAGGAUUUCAUUAACCAGUUGAUGGCCAUAGAGACAGUCAUCACCAGAGCUCGCUCGCUUAAGGCCAAGUUUGCCCUUUGUGAGGGUGAGAAGGAAGACGACAGAGAAGAGCUAGAGAAGUUUGUGAGCUCCCUGCUGGAAGAACCAGAGGUGGUGGUGAACGGAGCUGGCCAAGGACCAGCUGGAAGCAUCAUCCGCAGGCUGUUUGUCAACACACAGAAGCUGGCUGACUUCACCAGUGACGAGGCUGCCCUCCUGGAAGAAGACACGGUGCGUGACAGGAAGCCCACUGGAGGAAGCAACAAAACGUCAGACUUUCCUCCUCCGGCCGGCCGGGAAAUUCUGUUACGUACCUGUGUCCCACGGCCGGCGCCGUACUCCAAAGCGCUUCCGCAGCGGCUCUUCUGUGUGCUGAUGAGGGAGGAGUUCAGGCUGGCAGGAGCCUUCUCUUCAGACACUUCCUUCUUCUAAGACCAAAUGCUCAUUAAACAGUAUUUAAUCCAAAACUAUGUUCACUUUCCUGAUGAUAACUUAGAACAUAAGGCCAGAACUGAAGUAACAGGUCAGAACAUUAGCAUUAUAAAUAAUUCAGUUCAUUGGUUGAUCCUCUGCUGGUUAAAGAUUAUGCUUGUGGGCACAAAUGCUGGUUUAAAGCAAGUGGAUGUUUUUAUUUGGACAUAUGACAUACAGUACCUUAGUCUGCUACCAACACACUGAUGAACUGCAUGGUUAUCAUACCCUUACUGCAAUUGGUAACUAUAAAAAGGGAAGAGAGAAAAAGAAAGAUGUUCUCAGCAGCACUUGUAUUGUGGGCAUACAUUCCAUGUACUACAGACUGCUGAGAUUAUGAGUUCCACAAUUGGAAAUAUCAGCUAGCAUUUAUUGGAUGCAAUGUUGUCAUCAUUUUAUAGUUGAACAGAAAAGGUUCAAACGUUCCUUUAACUGUCAUUUUACAACACAAGGUUAUACAACAAUAUAAGUUGUAGUUGCACCACAAGAAAAUAAAUAAUAUUUUUAGGAGUAAUUCUUCAGUCAGUGGUGGUUAUAACAGGCACUUGUAUGCUAUAAAACAAAUCUUCUGUAUUGUCAUUUCAGCCACCCGGUGCUCUUGUUCUGAUCUACUUUGUGUAAGGUUUACUGUAUUCUGCCUAUUACUGACAACAGGCAAAUUCAUAGUCAAUUAAAAUCAGUUAUAUUGGGGCAUCUUGUAGGCUUAAAGGAACAGUUCACCAAAAAAUUAAAGUUUGUUAUUAUCAAGUGACGGUGCAAUUUUGUAGUCCACAACGUGUUUUGAAUCAAGUCCCCAUCUACUUCAGCUGAAUGCUUUUUUGCUGUUGACGUUCCAGAAAUCUUUUAUGAAUUGAUGGUUAAAUUCAUGGCUGAAAUGUUCCUUUAAUCCGCUUCUGCUUCAUAACACAAGCUUGUUAUUUACUUAACUCGCUUGUUGAUGAUACAUAAGUACAGUCACACAACAAUUGAUCCAGCUCUGAAAUACAAUUACGUACUAACGUUUGAAGAAUAAAGCUUUACUUGUUGCAACAGAAGCCUGUGAGCUCACUCAGAAGUGUGCUUUAAUUGAAAUGAAAAUGUGUCUGUCGUCCCCUGAGCCAAUGGCAAAUGCUAUGUGGGUGUAACACUGAUAUGAGCUACCUGUGUGUUGGCAGUGUGUGUGCUGGGCAUGUACUGUCAUGUACUGUACAUGUUAAAUGUUGGUCCAAAUUGUUCUCGACUCAAAAGUCAACACUCUAAAAUAAAUUCUCUUGUGUCCAGCCA